AUGAGUGGCGAUGAGGCAACGGUGGCGGGGCAGUUAAUCACAGAUCAGGUAAUGCAGUUUGUUGAGCCACGUGGGCAGUUUGUGAAGGACUCAAUUUGGCUGAUUAAAAGAUGCACCAAACCUGAUAGAAAAGAAUUCCAUAAGACUGCCAUGGCAACAGCAACAGGAUUUGCUAUAAUGGGAUUCACUGGCUUCUUUGUGAAACCGAUUGAUACGCUUUUUAAUAACAUCAUUGUUGGUGGCUGAGCACCUUUUUGGAAGAAUCUGUUGUUCAUCUUGGGGACCGAUGAACAAGUGAGGGUUUGAGAAACUCAGUGAGCAAAAAUUUGCUUAUAUAUUUUGUUUUUCUUUCAUUUUUUUCUUCAAAGAUGUUUCUAUUUCUAAAAUAAUUUCAUAAUUAAAAAAAAAAAGUCUAGCAUUGGUAUAAGGAUAGACAUGGCAUAGAACUGAGAGGCCAGAAAUAAAGCCAUACAUCUAUGGUCAACUGAUUUUCGACAAAGGUGACACAUCCAUCCAACAGAGAAAAAGUAGUCUCUUCAAUAAACAGUGCUGGGACAACUGGAUGUCUACAUGCAAAAGAAUGAAGUUGGACCCAUACUUCAUACCAUAUAUGAAAAUCAACUCAAAAUGGAUCAACAAUCUAAAUAUAAGAACUAAAACCAUAAAAUUUUUAGAACAAAACAUAGGGGUGAUGCUUAAGGACCUAAUUUUCCACAAUCGAGUCUUAAGAUACGACACCAAAAGCACAAGUAACAAAAGACAAGAUAGAUAAAUCAGUCUUCUUCGGAAAAUACAAAAGCAAGUUCUUAUUGUAAGUCCCUCCAACAUGAUGUGUACAUUACAGGAAUAAACCCAACUAGAUUUUACUGCACUAAUCAGGAAAAGUAAUGACAAGAGCAGAUUUUAAAUCUUCUUGGUACAUGUAGACUAUAGACUGGGUAAUCAUAAAACUUGAUAAAAUAAUCUAAUACUUAGUUUCUGAUUCCUCAAUUUCAAAACAAUGAGCCUGAAAAACAUCAAUUAAAAGCAGCUCUCUUUAACAAAGUUACUGGAAAAAAAAAUGGCAGAAUUUUCUCACUUGAAUGUUCAUAUCACAAAUAUGCUUUGUCAUGAAAUGCAGACAUGAUGUCUCACUUCCCAUUCUGGAGAUUAAUAUUUUAAAAAUUUAACCUUCAGGUUACUAAGUUAAAUGCAUACAAAGUAUGCUUUUCCAUGUGGCUUACCUGAUACAUCUGACAUAUUAUUUGCCAUUCUAAGAAUAACCUCUAGUUAAGACUUUCAAAAUGCUGUUACAUUUUAUAACUUAAAUAUGCAUUCCAAUUAUCUUCCUACUCACUACAGAAAUUAAUUACAGAAAGAAAUUAAGAAAUCUAUCCUAUUAUGUUUUGUUUACCACAUUUCUGAUGACAUACCCUCCCCCUCAAAACAAAUCAAUGAAAAAACAAAUACACACGAGCUCUACUCUGAUGGCAAAGGUGAGCAAUGGUGCCUUGAUUACAUAAUAAUUUUCCCCAAGUGAUUCAGUCUUGGACAAGUCCUCACUUAUUUUCUUCUUACAGUCCUAAAAUGCAAAUAUAGUUUUCUUCUCUGCAGGAGGGCCAAGACGAGAAAUGAGGUAGGUAGGUAUUUAUCUCACAGAAUAUUCAUACAUUCCUCCUGAAAAUAUUUAUUGCUUACCUACUUACCAGGAACUGUGCUAUGCCCUGAGGAUACAAAAUAAACACCAUCCCAGGCUUGGAGGAGUUGUAAGUUUAGAUGAAGGUAUAGAAAACAAAAAUAAUCCGAGCAUGUUAUUUAUGCAAAAUGCUAUCACAGUAUUACUGAAGCAUAAAAAACUUUUUACCCUCUUUUCUGAAAGCCAAGAAAGAGUAUUAAAGAAAAAACACUAACCAAAAUGAUGAUGUAACUAUCAGACUACCAAUAUACACCCCUGCCCACUAGCCAGAAAAGCUGUUAACUAUCAAAUUAUUGUUUCCAUGUAUUAAAACUUAAAAUAUCAGAUGUGCUUAUGCACAAGGUAAGACUUUCACAUGCACACCAAAGCUAGUAUAAACAAGUACUGUCCUUAGGAGAGCAUUCAAUAAUUCUAGGGAGACUCUACAGAAGGCAUUAUUAAGCAUUUUCUGUUAACGAUCAGAUAGUAAAUAGUCUAGGCUCUAUGAGACUACAGUCUCUCUUUGAGAAAUACUCAAGUCUCCCAUCAUAGCACAAAAGCAGUCAUAAGCAACACAGAAAAGAAUGAGUGGCCAUAUUCCAACCCAACUUUACAUAAAGAUGUUGAAAUCUGAAUUUCAUAUAAUCACAAUGUAUUACAAAAUAUUUUUUUUCUUUUGAUUUUGUUUCAACCAUUUGAAAAUAUAUAAAUUAUUCUUAGCUCAGGGGCUGUACAAAAAACAGAUGGUGGCUGUGGGCCAUAGUCUGCCAACCCCUGCCACACACUAACACUCAGAAAUCACCUAAGAAGUCGGUUCUACACAAUUCUUAAGAAAAACCACCCAUGUUAACUGAGUCACACUUAGAACCUAAAAUGUUAUUGACUAGUUUGAUUUCUUCACCAGAUUUAGUCCUUCCUUGAUUUUACCUGAUAAAAGCAACAAAGUCUGAAGACAAUUUCAAGAGAGAAACUCCAAAAAAACUUUGAAAAAAGGCCUUCAGUCAAAACUAAGUAUCUAAAUUGGUAUCAGCAAAAAUGGCAUUCAGGAAACUGAAGGAUCCAUCCUCCACAAAAACAACAAAUAAACAGGAAACAACUGUCACAAUCAAUGUUAUCUGACCUCAGGAAAUUAGUGAAAGCUUUACAGCAACCAGACUGUAAUAGUUUAAUCAAGAAAAGAACGGCUGAUGAUGCCAAAAGCACAAGUAAAAAAGAAAAAAAAAAGUAAAUUGGACUUCAUCAAAAUUAACAAUUUUUGUUCUUCAAAAGACACCACUAAGUGAAAAGAUGAAAGACUUAUACAAUGAAAAUUACAAAACACUGCUGAAAGAAAUUAAAGGCCUAAAUAAACGGAAAAAUAUUCUAUGUUUGUGGACUGGAAGACUUAAUAUUGUUAAGAUGUCAACACUACCCAAAACAAUCUACAGAUUCAACAUAAUCCCGAUCAAAAUUCAAACAGCCUUCUU